UGUGAUUUGAUGGGCGAGAAAAGAAAAUGGCCGCCGUCGCGUGUGUGUACAUCAGCACUUUGGUAGCGCUCUUGGCAUAGACGUUUUGUUUUUUCACGUAAUUUUUCACCUUCUAAGCGCGGUUCAUCGACACGAACGUGGCGAAAGAUUUCGGUUUCUGCUGUGAUUUUCCGCGUGUGUUCCGGAGUUCCAGCUGAAGUUUCCGACGGACAAAGUGAAAACGAGAAAAAACAAACUGCUGGACUCCCCAAGAAAAUAGUACUCUCGAUCGUAUCCGGAAUAAUUCGGUGUUGCUGCGAGUUUCCAUCAGUAGUUGUUUUUCCCUGCUGAUUCGGUUCCUCUUCCUUUUGGACGGGUUCGAAGCGCCGAAGAGUGCGCUGCUUAUUUCGCUGUGCCGAGUGAAGUAUCGAGCAGAAAUUCAUAUUUUCCAGUGCUUUGGCCACAUGCGUUCAAUUUAUUUUUCGUUUGAUCCGAGAGAACCAAAUGUGAGUAAAUUAGUUACGGGACGGUAACGGUGGAGUGGAUCCUAAGAAGAAGAAGAACGCAACAACAAUAUCAGCAACAGCAGUAAUCAGAAGAAGAAAGGCGAAUUUCUGUGCCUACUUUACGAUUGGGAGGAUGAAAUGCAGAAGCUGAUUCCGGGCUGUUUUCUUCUUUUUAGUUCAUUUAUGCAGCUCUUGAAACAAUCACACGUUUCACGGAAUGAUGAGCCCUUCAUAUUCGAUCGACGAGGUGAUAGUGUAAUGAUUGUGCAAGUAAAUAUCUGUAAAUAGCUGUGCAUAGUAGCCGAUAAGGAAAAAGUUGCAAAAAAGGGAAAUAUAGUGAAUAUUUCUAAACCUAGUAGCUAUGACAUACAUAUGAAAUAAUCCCCAUGAGUUAUCAUCCGUUGCUGUAAAUACACGAGAAAAUAAGUCAGUCUUGAUGAAGAAAAGAAAAAAAAUCGGCUUGUUCUGGUGAUGAAAAGUGAAGUUUUCUGCAAAUUAAAAAGAAAGCUCAACAGCAGAGAGUAUAUAGCGAAAAAUUGCUGCAGAAAGUGAAAAUGCUGUGAAGAUCCGCUUUGCUAGUGCGUGGUUAAAUUUGGCAGCAAAUCUUGAAGCAUUAAUAGUGAAGUGAUUCUGAGGCAAAGUUAAUCAUUUUAACCAACCAACUGUGUGAACAACUACGGAAAAAUAUGCUGACUUCGGAAUGAGAUGGAAGCGGCUAUUCGUUCAGUGCAGCAGGUUGGGCCACCAGGCCAGAGGGCCGACACUGGCCCUUCGCCGCAGCCUCCUCCAACGAUGUCAUUUCAACAGCGUGUGCCACCAGGAGCUGCGCAAAUUCAUAGAUCUGUUGAUUCGGUGCAAAGUUACAGCAAAGGUGGUCCAUCGCAGUCUCAACCCGCUCCCAGAUCGGCAGCUAGUCCUCUCUCACCACCAAGACCCGGUCCGGGAGCGGGUGCGGCGAGCUAUCCACCAUUCGCCGGGGCACCAGCACGUGAGGCACCGCUCAGAUAUGUGCCAAACAACUCGUACUAUAGGGAAAGUCCAUACACCCGCGUGUCACAGGUACCACAGAUCGCAGAGUACCAUCGACAGGUACCGGUUGUUUCGGUAUCUAGUAGUAUACCUGCACCCAUUAGUAUAGCAAAUUCCAUGGAGCCAGUACAACAACAAUCAACCCGACCCCGAAUAUCCCUGUUACCCCAUAAUCCCGACUACCCGCAAGCACGGGUUCAGCAGUCGUCAGAUAACGGUCCUCCUGCAUUUAAAAAGAUUCGUUUGAACGAAAACAGUCAGCCUGCGCAAUCCCUCCUGAAUGUUGAUACACGUGAUCCACCGGCGUCGUCCGGUGCGUAUCAUCCUCAGGUGGAGGCGAUCUCACCAACGCUGCCAAGUGAUCCGACUGAGGAGCUCCGUGCUACUAAGGAUGAUUUGCUACAGCAGAUUGCUAAGGUGGACAUGGAGAUCGAUAAAGCGGAGAAAACGAUCGCUAUGCUGAAAAAGAAGCAGGAAACGCUCGAAGAGGCUUCAGCAAAACCAGCCGUCGAGGAAUGUGCAGCCGAAGCGCAGCCUAAGCACCGUAAUUUAGCGCAGCAGAUCUAUGCUGAUAAUCGAAAGCGAGCGUCGACAGCUCAUGCUGUACUGAGCGCACUUGGUACUGCCAUCGAUCUGCCCCUGUACAAUCAGCCGUCCGAUGCGGAAAUUUGUCGCGAAAUACAGGAACGCCACAAGACGUUUAAACAGCAUCUACUACUGCAUUUCAAAAGGUUAAAAUCCGAACGGGCAGCGAAACAGUUCGAAUUGACUGAACGAUAUGCGCAGUUAUCGCAAGACUGGUCCAAACGUGUGGAUAAGAUGGAAGCAAGUGCGAAACGGAAGGCGAAGGAUGCGAAAAACCGGGAGUUUUUCGAGAAGGUGUUUCCCGAGCUUCGAAAGCAGAGGGAGGAUAAAGAGCGAUUUAAUCGUGUAGGUUCUAGGAUUAAAUCCGAAGCCGACCUUGAAGAGAUCAUGGAUGGUCUUCAAGAGCAGGCGAUGGAGGAUAAAAAAAUGCGUUCAUAUGCUGUGAUUCCACCUUUAAUGUUAGACUCCAGACAAAGAAGGCUAGUGUUUAAUAAUGAAAAUGGAGCGCUAAUAGAUAUGGAAACAGAAUUCAAGGAACGGUUAAAUUUAAAUGUGUGGACUGUAGGAGAGAAAGAAAUAUUUCGGGAAAAGUUUUUGCAACAUCCGAAAAAUUUCGGCAUGAUUGCAGCCAGCUUGGAUCGGAAAAGUGCGCAGGACUGUGUGCGAUAUUACUACCUCAGUAAAAAGGCGGAAAACUAUAAGCAGUUGUUACGAAAGUCUAGGCAGCGGACGCGAAGUUCGAGAAAUAUACAGAAAUCCAAUCAAAAUCAGACACAGUGCAUAGUAGAUGCAUUAACAACUGGUGUUACAACAAGACUACAACGUGAACAACAACAAAAGACUGUAGGCCGUGAUCGUGCCGCGAAUUCAACAAAUAGUUCAAUAGGAAAUAGUUCGGCAUCUAAUGUCACAACAAAUUCAUCUUCAAAUAACACUAAUAACAAUAAUAGUAACAGUAAUAGUUGUAGCAGUAGUGCAAGUAGUAUUAGCGCGAGUACGUCUAUACCUAGUACAGCACCGGCAUCUACGACAGCUACGACAGGUUCCGCAACUGCUGCGCCUGUAUCCAGUAUGGUAUCUUCGGCAUCUCCUCCGCCGGGAAUCGUUUCAACAUCUGUAACGAGUACGUCAAUAACUACGACUAGUAUGAGUUGCAGUACUAGUACCGUAAACAGUAGUAGUAGUAGUACCAGCAGCAGCAGUAGUAGCGCUAAUGGAAAUAGUAGUACACCUAAUGCUAACUCUACACUCCAUGGAAGUGAGACUGCCGAAGAAGCUGUCAAAGAUGAGACUUGCAACGAUAAACAAACAGCUGGUUCUGAAUCACCUGCAACGUCUCUACCUGCUGCUACAACGUCAGCGACGGACAGCACUAUUACUGUAACAACUACUACAUCUACGACUGCCACUGUUUCCACAAAUUCACCGCUCACAACCGCAAGUUCGUCGCGAAGUGCAACACCUUCCUCCGCGAUAUCUUUAUCGGUCACUUCAUCGUCACCGGUUCCAUCUGCACCAAGUAUAUCUACGGUGUCGUCGAGCAUAGCAACAGCACCGUCGACACUGUCGAAUAUAUCAUCAAAUGCCGCACCAUCAUCCGUUUCAUCGAGUAUCAUCAGCAGUAGCAGUACCUUGUCCACGGGUGUCAGCGUAUCCGCGUCUAGCAGCAACAGUAACGGCAGCAGUGUCAGCAGCUGCAUCAACAACAGCGGCAAUUCAUCGGGAGUGACUACUGUGGAGACGUCUUUUGUACCUAACCUUAGCUCUAGUAUCUCUACUGUUCCGCUGAACGGCGUGAAAACGGAUGUACUGAACUCAACCACAACUACCGUAACCACGACGGCAAUGCCGUUGAACAACAGCUACUGUACUAAUAAUAACAUCAAUGCCAGUGUAAAUAGUGUAAAUUCAUCUAUGACUAGCUCCGUUGCUGGCAGCGGUGGUAACGCUUUGACCCAUAGCGGAUCGGUACCAGUUACGCUUACGGCAGCAGCACCAGGCAAAAUAAACAUGUCCUCUGCGAUGCCUCCUAGCUUACAGCCGCAAAUGCAUUUACAGUCAUUGCAGCAGCAUCCGAACGCUGUGAUGUUCAACAGCACAAGCACACCGAAAAAUCCUUCUGCCACAUCUUCAAUGGACAUCAUCAUCAAGGACAUCACGCUGGGGUCCGUGGUGGCUAGUGUAGUGAACAGCAAGCUCGGCGUAAAGGACAAUCUGCUCAAAGAUGAGCUGGAGCCAAGUGAGUCUAAAAAGAGGCGGAUAGAACUGGAUGGAGUCAAAGAUGACAGUGCCACGGUUGAUUGCAAAGACAAGGGCAACUCGUUGCACUCGUGCUUCGUAUGCAAGACAGAGAUGUGUCCUCGCACACGACCGCUGGAACGUGGUCGGGGGGCACAGUACGGCAUACCGGAAGAGGCGAUACCGCCGGGGGCGCGUGUUUGUAAUACGUGCCAGUGCAAGUCGGUGAAAUCGAGGUACGACUCGCAAUACUAUUCACCUACCGCUACACCGCAGGGUUUAAUACUGAACGAUCAAUCCGUCCAUUCUAGAUACACGCACUGUCCCUUACCGACGUGUCCCAAUCCGAAAGAUAGGGUGAAACGAUUCCGAAACCUACCGCCGCGUCUUUUCGAACUUUCUCCGGAGAUUCGUGAUCCGAUUAUCCAAGAGCUACAGAUUCCAGGGAAUGUGACUAAAUGCUGUUCGGCUUGUUUGACUCGUAUCCGUCGAAAAAUGGGUCCACAUUUGCUAGGAACAAACCUCAGCGACGAGGAAGUCGCACGAAUGAAGAAACUGUUGCAAGACAUUGGCCCCAAAUGGAAUCAACUUGCAGAGUCCUUGAAUAAGACUCCAGUAGCAUUGAAAAGCUUCUAUUUUCACUACAAAAAGAAAUGCGGUUUCGAUCUGGCUGUCACAGAAUAUUACAAGCAACACCCAGGUGAAGAUCGACGCCCCGCGAUGACCGAUGGUGACGAGUCCGAUAUGAGUACCUCGUCUUCUGAAGAUCGAGAUGGAAGUAGUGAUACUACUGCAUCUGCAGAAAGCCCGAACAACUCAGUUCCACUAAAUGCAACGAAAGAGGAAAUUACUAGUGUUCCUGAAACGUUAGCACCGCCUCCAUUGACUAAGAAUUUCGAAGAUGAUCGGUUACUUCCCCCAGGACAGCCACCUCGAAAGCAAAGACUAACAGAAGAAUACGAUAGUUCAGCAACCGAAACGGCAGAUGAAGAGAAUGAGACCUCUCCAGCGAAUCGCCAGAGUCCCAAGGUUCAUUAUCCUCCGUUGGGCGGUGCCAAUCCAGUCAUUUCCGUGCACCAUACUUCAAUGCAGAACGGUCCUCGUGGCAAUGAUGUCAGCUCACCGCAGAAUGUGCGAGAUGUUGUGCUGAAUGUGAUAGAACGAUCUCUCAAAUCCAAUAUGAUGCCAAGUUCGGGGAAGCCACCGCCUAUGAAAUCCAUAAACGAUCUAUCAUUUGCCUCGCGAGAUUACCGAGAUUUGACCAAGGGUCCUCCGAUGCAACGACCGCCAUCAGAAGGAAUGGCUACGUUAUCAGUAGUGAAUUCGCAUGGUCAUGUUCAGUCGCAAAUUAUGUCUCACCAUUCUCAUCCGAUAAGCUCCCAGAUCCAAGCUACAAUUACUCCCGUUCCUCAACAACCGACACAGUCCAUGGCACCAACGCAGCAAAUUCCCCCUCCAUUGCAGCAGCAGCAGCAGCAGCAACAACAACAGCCACAAUCGCAAUCACAGGCUGGACAUUUAUCCCAACAACCUCCGCAGCAAUCGAUUAGUUCUAGUGGUCACGAUAAAGACAUCUCUGUGGUUUAUCUUCGCGAGGAACCUCAGACACUUGAUCUCAGCAUCAAGAAGCAUCAGAGAGAUAAUUUCCCUCCUCCUGCGCACAACAGCAAGAUGCCGAGUGUAUCCUCUCAGCAAGGUCAACCUCCUCCGCAUUCUUCCAGUGGUAGCACGGUAACUGUGUAUCGCACGGAAAACUUUCCUCCGCCAAGUCAUCAACAGCAACCACAAAACAUUCCAACGCAUGGAGGGCCCUAUGGAUUGGGCUACCACAGCGAUUCGAUGGGGCGUCCGACAAAAUCACCGUCGGGAUAUAUCACAACCGUACCAGGAGGGCCACCGAUUUCUCUAAGUCAAGGCCCUCUAAAUCAGUCAUCUUCGGUCAUCGGUCGUGGUCAGAUGUCUCAACAAACAAUCUCUUUAACACCACCACCUAACAAGAAGCAAAAUGUUCCCAAACUAAGCCCCAAAAUGCAACAUCAAGUGCAAUCGACCAUGCAGCAACCACCGCCACAGUCACUCGGACCCAAGGGCUCGAUUACCCAUGGUACACCGGUGAACGCUGCUGGUCAACAAAUUAUUGUGCAAGGUCAAACGACACUAAGUCCACGGUACGACAAUAUGCUACGGCAAACGCCACCGUCAUCGAACGAUAAGCAUGGCUCCAUUACUCAAGGAACACCGGUCCAUGUAUCUGCUCAUGCACUGCCAGAUAAACGCGCAGCCUACGAGUACAAAUCUUACAACAAUCGACAAAGUCCGGCGCAGGUAUCUCAGGCGCCAACACAAGGCAGCCCUCAGGCACCACAGUUUACGUACACCAGAACAGCGCCUGCAUUUACCCUAGAACCGCAACAGCUAAGUUCGCGGCAAAUCAUAAUGAACGAUUACAUAACGUCGCAGCAGAUGCACGGUCAGUCGCAAGGACGCAACCCGACCAACUCCGGAAACCGCCCGGAAAAAGAAUCUCCUUCCCCUCGAAGCGUUCCGAAUAUGGCAAGCUCCCAGGCCGCACUGCUGUAUGCCGUUGCCGAGCGAGAACGAAACUCCAGGCCAGAAUAUCUGAGCCGAGCAUCUCCUGCCGAUCAUGUCAACAGGGUGUCGCCUGUUUUCAGCACUCCUAGCCCACACCGGACACCGCCUCCGCCACAGCGUCAAGGGGUAAUCCAACGACAUAAUACCGUCGGUAAUAGUGGAAACGCCAGUGGAGGAGCAGGAUCGAAACCACCGAGUCCGGCACCGAAUCGGUUACACCUGGUACCGCCACCACAUCAUUACAUGCAAGGUCACGAUGCAUUUGCAUCGCUGGUUGAUCUAGCAGUUCAACAGCAACCGAUGACUGUUCCGCACAAGGACGACAAACGGCAAUCGAUUAUUGAACAACAGGCACCUCCACCUCCACCCACGCAUCACGACAUGAGAUAUCAUCAAGCAACGAUGAUUCAGAUCCAUCAUCAACAGCAGCAACAGCAGCAGCAACAACAACAACAACAACAGCAACAAGCAGCUGCCGCAGCAGCUCAACAUCAGCAGCAACAGCAACAUGCGGCUGCUGCUGCUGUGGCAGCACAGCAACAACAUGCAGCAGCGGCGGCAGUGGUUGCAGCGCAACAACAACACGCUGCUGCUGCUGCAGCGCAGCAUCAGCAUCAGCAGCAGCAACAGCAUAUUCAGAGACAACAGCAGAUGGAGCUUCAGCGUCGUCAACAAUCGCAACUUCAUCAAUCGUUGCAGCACCCGUCGGUUGUGGCCUAUCGGGAGCAGCAGAUAGAACGUGAGAUGAAUUAUCGUGAGAGGCUCGAGCGAGAACGCACCAUAGUCGAGAGAGAACGGGAGAGGCAUAUUGAACGAGAUCGGGAAAGGGAACGUGAAAGGGAGCGUGAACGCGAGCGGGAACGUGAACGAGAACAGCGGGAUCAGCGCGAUAGACAGCAACGGGAGCGGUUGGCUCACCAGGAGGAAGAGGAACGCCGUAGAAAACACUAUGAUAUGAUCAGUGAACGGAUAGAGCGGCCUUUGGAAACACUUGGAAUGCGCCAAUCUUCGGACGGCUCGUUGACUGCAGCUAACCUGAUCGAUGCGAUCAUCACCCAUCAAAUUAAUCAGACAGCUUCAGAACCACCAAUGCCGCCUAACCGUGAUAUGCACCGAACUCAAUACUUCCCAUCCCGGGAUCAUCGCCCAUCUCCGAUCAGUGAAAACAAUGGAAAAUCUCACUCACCAAAUGUGAUAAACAUCGACGUCGAUUCCGAGCCUAUCCGGACAAAAAAUAUCACGAUUGGGGAGCUAGCGGAAAGUAUCAUUGCCAAGGAUUAUUCUCCGAAUCCGAACCCGUUUCUGCAGAUGCGUCCUUCGAUGAUACCUACGUCACUCGAUCCGUCUAUGAUGACUGCCUCGGAUGCGUGGAAGUAUCGUCGGCUACCACCAGGAAAGGAGGAUCAUUCACCACAUGGUCAGCCUCCUCCCUCGCAGCAGCAACAGCAGCAGCAGCAGGUGCAAAUGCAAGUGCAACAGUUACAACAAGGCCCUCCCGGCCAUCCGUAUAUGCACCCCCAACAGCAGUCUUCUAAUAAAGGUCCCGGCAGAUCGACACCCGAUGACCGUCACAUUAUUCGGAUGGCACAGUCGCCGGGUCCCAGGAAUAAAUUCCAUGAAACCGUCUCGCCUGACACACACUUUUUCCAUCCCGGUCCUCCAAUAAGUCGUGGACCGCGAGAUUUUGCCCUGGACUGUUAUGUCAAGAAUCGAAUUGUGGAAGCAAUGCGAACGGAAGACGACAAGCGUGGUGAUGACGGAAGAGAUCUACAAUCUCCAAGAAAUCCCUCGCCGGCACAACACGGGCCCCCGCCGGCGCAUCACAAUAAAGAUCAUGACCGUAGCACGACUCCGGCCGAUAUGAUUAUCGAUGAAGAAACUGGUCGCCCAACAUCCGGUAAUAAUCCUCAUCGACCAUCCCUUCAACAAUUACCACCGCAUUCACAACCACAAGGAUUAAUGCACAAUUCCCUCCACUCGUCUCCUUACAUGGGUAGUCAACAAGGUCCACCGCCCACCUCUUUCGCACCUCCAACCUACUAUCCAUACAGCGCGCUAACUGUUUCCGGCGGCCCUGUUGUAGGUGGUCUUGGCCCUUCAGGUCCUCCACCAAAAACAACUCUGAUUGUACCAACGCUUGGCGGUGCGGGUGUUGGUAGCGGUGGCAUGAUGUCUCAAUCCAAUAGUGGAGGCAUGGGUGGAAUGAACGACGACCGACAGUCUUCAUCAUUGGCGACAAUUGAACCGAAGCCACUGCUGUCCGCUCAGUAUGAAGCGCUUAGUGAUGAGGACUAGAGAACAACAAGGAGCAUAAAUAUACAAACACAACAAGACACAAGAUGCAUUCAGUAUGGAAUCUAUCUCAUGCUAAACAUGUAAUUUAUUAUAAAUAUUAAUUAUAACACAGAAAAGUAUGAUAAUAAAUACUAAAAUAUGAAGAAUAAUUAUCUACGCAAAGAUAAAAUGUAUUCAAACAAAUGAAAAAGCUAGAACACUUUAAAAAUGAUAAAAUGCAGAAACAGCUAGAGAUAUACAACGAGAAUUAUUAUUAAACAAAAUAAAAUCAGAGGAAGAAAACAACUUUAUCGACUACAGCAUGAAGCAUAAAAUCUAUCCUGUAAAAUCUUCAGCAGAAUAAUCUUAUUCCGCAGUCGAUGAAAAUGAAACAGAGUUUAAUGCGCUUAACCCUUCAAAGAAAUAUCCUCGGCUAGAGUAAAAGUACACACACACAUACAUGCGUUAAUGGCUACAUUUUGGUUGAGAGCUAAAAGUAGGUGUCGGUCUCUGAUCGAGAGAAAGAGAAACAUAUAAAACGAUAUAUACGGUGUCUUUGUUGUGUGUGUAGCAAACAGAAAAGUAAACUUCACAAGUAAUAUUCGAGAAUGUUUUAAUGUGUUUAAUGAACAAACCAAAAUGUAAACGUCGAGAGUUACAGACAGCAGAGAGAUAGAAAGCUUAAUCGUAGAGGAGAAAGAGAAGGAGUUAAAAUGUACGAGCUUGUUUGAAAAGCUAUAGAGAAACAAAUAAAUCUAAUAAAAACCAAGAUUAGUUCGUCUAAUUCUACUAAUCCAGGAAAAUUACCAACCAAGCAGAAGUAAACAACGCCUAAGGCUGUCUAGAUUUUCCACCAGAAGGCUUUUGUUUCAUGUUUAAAUUUUUGCGUUAGUGGUUUGGUUCUGCUGACGUAGUAGAAGGUAUGUAAAGUUACGCAAACACUCUGUAGUUCGAGUAAACGUGUAGAAAAGUUUAAGAUCAGUGCAGAUGGAUGCGUAAUUACAACAAAACAAAAUGUAUAUGAGCCGUUAAUAAGUCUAAACUGCUGAGAUUACCGCGCUGUACAACAAUACACAGAAGAAAUACGCAUAGUACAUCAAGAAGAAAAACAAGUUAUAAGAGAGAAAAUGAGAAAAAAAUGUGGUAAUAUUGAUUUAUGUUCUCUAUAAAGAAAAUGCAUGUAAUUAUAUUAUUGUCAAGUUUAUUAAUGAUAGUUCUCAAUUUUUAAGUUACAACUUAAAAGAAGAAAGAAAGAAAAACUAAUGAUUGAUUGAUUGCUGAAAAUAUAAAUUUAGUUAGGUAGACAGAAAAAAAUUAGGGCGUCUUAUGGCAUAAGAGAGA